AUGGCAUUCCGAAACCACGUUGUUUUUGGUCCUUGUGACGUGAUGGUGUGCAAGACGAUGGAAGGAAAUUCUUCUCCCAUCUUAAAGGGACGAUGUCUUAAAUCAGUCUACGUGAUGUCUGCACAAACGGCAUAUGUAGACAAGGCGAGGAAAAACGAGACAGCUGAUUUAUGGCAUGCACGCUUGGGUCAGGUGAGCUACAAAAAGCUCAAGGUGAUGAUUAAGAAGUCGAUGCUCAAGGAUCUUCCUCAACUAGAUGUCAAGGAAGAUAUAGUUUGCGCUAAAUUUCAAUUUGGUAAAGCACAUAACCUUCCAUAUCAAGAUUCGAAGUUCAAAUCGAAGGAACCUUUGGAGUUGGUUCACUGA